UAAAAUAUAUAUAAAAAUAUAUUAUUUUUAUAUUAUUUUUAUAUAAAAAUAUAAUAAAAAAAUUAAAAUUAUAUAUAUAAUAUAAAUAUAAAAGUGGCAGGUGCUGUUCAGAAUAAGUGUAAAUAUAUGCACAUCAAAAACAAUGACCUAUACAGUAACAAAAUGUAGAAUUAUUCUAUCUUUGCAGAAAAAUAUUACGAGCUUUACUUGUUAAAUCACAGCUAUGUGCUGAAUGUGCGUGCAGAUAACAAGAAUCUUAAUGAAAAUAGUAUUUUAUACUUGCUUAAAACAUGCUUUGCAUUUCAGAACUCCCAUUGGUUGAAUCCUCCAGGAACUGUGAUGGUUGCUCAGUCAAGACAGUGACUUGGUGUCAGGGGUGAACCGAAAACAGUCCCACCUCGACUCGACGCUUUGGUUCCAAGUAGUUUCUACCUGUUGACUGAACUUCUCGACUACUUCGAUACUGUUUUUUAAUCCCGGAUAUGGCCAUGGAUAUGGCCCUGGUAGACUUUGGGAGCCUAGAUGACCUCAACGUUGGUCUUGAGGAUGAGGAGGACACCUUUGCUGAUGAGACGACAGCGCUUGCUGUGGACAUUCCAUCAGAGCACAACAUCCCAAGUGGGAAUUAUCUUCUGCGUACACAGGAAUUUUCCACUAUACCAUCCCACCCCAGUCCUGUUCCCUCGUGUAUGUGGGAUUCCACCUCAUCCACGCCGGUCCCGUUUAUACAGACACUGGAAGUACCGCAUUCCCCGAUGCUAACCCCAAACAUCGAGGACAGAAGUAGUCAUUCCAGUAUGAUCUCCAAUUGGAAGUUGUUGUUGAGCAGCGAAGGCACCAAGGAAAGCGAAGCCAUCUUUAGCCAACUUGCUAAGGAAUGCUGUGAGGAUUUUUUCGUCGAUAAAAGAGGCCUGGAUGAUGGAGACCAAAAAGUCAUUAUUAACAUAGCCGGUCUUCGCUUCGAGACACAGCUCAAAACAUUAGACCAGUUUCCUGAUACGCUCCUUGGGGACCCUCAGAAGAGAAUGGACUACUUUGAUCCAAUGAGGAACGAGUACUUUUUUGAUCGGAACAGACCCAGCUUUGACGGGAUUUUGUAUUACUACCAAUCCGGGGGUAAGGUACGACGUCCGGCAAACGUUCCUCUGGAUGUAUUUGCAGAUGAAAUCAUAUUUUACGAGCUUGGGAACGAAGCCAUGGAGCAGUUUCGAGAAGAAGAAGGAUUUCUUAAGGAUGUCGAUAUCCCGCUUCCAAAUACCGACAUUUAUCGACAAUUCUGGCUGUUAUUUGAAUAUCCGGAAAGCUCCAAUGCCGCCCGGGGCGUUGCGUUGGUGUCUGUUCUUGUUAUAGUUAUUUCCAUUAUUAUUUUCUGCUUGGAAACAUUACCGGAAUUCAGAGAUGAUACCGAUGUUGUGGUGCCCACGGCUAUGAAAGCUGUCAACUUAUCCGGAGUUCACGCUUCCGUGACUCCGACUACCGUUUUGCCGACUGUGUUCUCCGAUCCGUUCUUCAUUAUCGAGACGGCGUGCAUCGGUUGGUUCUUCUUUGAGUUAUGUAUACGAUUUUUGGUGUGCCCAAGCAAACGAGAUUUUUUCCACAAUCUCAUGAACAUUAUUGAUAUCAUAUCCAUUAUUCCGUAUUUUGUCACCGUGGUGACGGAACUCGUCACAAAGGCGGAAGAGAGCUCCGGACAAAAUAUGUCUUUGGCUAUUCUUCGGAUUAUACGUCUGGUGAGAGUUUUCCGUAUUUUUAAACUCUCACGGCACUCCAAGGGGUUGCAGAUCCUGGGACAAACGCUCAAGGCUAGCAUGCGAGAACUUGGCUUGCUUAUCUUUUUCCUGUUUAUUGGCGUCAUCCUUUUCUCCAGCGCUAUCUACUUUGCUGAGGUCGACGAACCCAACACUCAGUUCGUCAGCAUACCGGAUGGUUUUUGGUGGGCGGUGGUAACCAUGACUACCGUCGGCUACGGGGACAUGUGUCCGAUUACCCUGGGGGGUAAAAUGGUCGGAACCUUGUGCGCCAUUGCUGGCGUACUGACCAUUGCGCUACCCGUUCCGGUCAUUGUGUCCAAUUUCAACUACUUCUAUCACAGAGAGACUGAAGCAGAGGACAAGUUGUCGUUGACAGACGCCUUUGAGCAAUCGAUGAGGGCGGAAAAUGGUACGAAACCAGGAAGCAACACUUCACUCAAUAAGGCCAACGGUAUCUGACGGAACAGAACAAGGAAAAAAUGAACUUUUAUGUUGAAAUGUUUUGUUUUGAGAGAUUUGACUUAGUGAUCCUAUCGCAAAGUGUAAGAAUCAUAAACAAAUAUCAAUUAAAUUAUAUGAAAUUAUAUGAUUCCUUAUUUUUAAGAAAGGAAAUUUUCAAAUGUACCAACAUGAGUGAUGUAAAAUGUUUUUAUCGUUUGCAAGAAAUGACCAAUUUCUCCACAUCUGGCUGUUGGACCGUCUGUUCUCCACUAAUGGAUCCAUGGCCAAGGGUGCUGCCCGACUAGCUAAUCGACCAUACCCAAUUCCUACUGCCACCAAAUAUGGAAAAUUAUUUCCUUUUUCCACCAAAUCCUGCAGAAAACACCAGGAAAUAAAUCUAAUAAAUUAAGUUCUUAGAAUCGACUGCAUGGUGCAUAAGUGGUUAGCACAGAGGCCACACAACUAGAAGACCCAAGUUCAAUUCCACCCUCAGCCAUCUCUGUGUGGAUUUUCCAUGUUCUUCCCAUGCAUGCGUGGGUUUUCUCCGGGUACUCCGGUUUCCUCCCACAUUCCAAAAAACAUGCUAGGUUAAUUAGUGACUCCAAAUUGUCCAUAGGUAUGAAUGUGAGUGUGAAUGGUUGUUUGUCUAUAUGUGCCCUGUGAUUGGCUGGCCACCAGUCCAGGGUGUACCCCGCCUCUUGACCAAAGACAGUUGGGAUAGGCUCCAGCACCCCCGUGACCCUCGUGAGGAAAAGCGGUAGAAAAUGAAUAAAUUAAUGAAUCCUACUUGGUUGCACAGCGGUCGAGUGGUUAGCGCACAGACCUCACAGCUAGGAGACCCGAGUUCAAUCCCACCCUCGGCCAUCUCUGUGUGGAUUUUCGUGGGUUUUCUCCGGGUACUCCGGUUUCCUCCCACAUUCCAAAAACAUGCUAGGUUAAUUAGCGACUCCAAAUUGUCCAUAGGUAUGAAUGUGAGUGUGAAUGGUUGUUUGUCUAUAUGUGUGCCCUGUGAUUUCCCUGUGAAUGAAUGAAUGAAUGUUCUCGGUGAUGUUCUACACUCGGUACAUUUGGCUGAAUGAACAUCCAGCAGCAACAUGUUUUUCCCAUGACUACUAGUUUACUAGCACCCUCGGCUAUCGCUGUGUGGAGUUUGCAUGCGUGGGUUUUCUCCGGUUUCCUCCCACAUUCCAAAAACAUGCUAGGUUAAUUAGCGACUCCAAAUUGUCCAUAGGUAUGAAUGUGAGUGUGAAUGGUUGUUUGUCUAUAUGUGUCCUGUGAUUGGCUGGCCACCAGUCCAGGGUGUACCUCACCUCUGGCCCGAAGACAGCUGGGAUAGGCUCCAGCAUCCCCUGCGACCCUCAUGAGGAUACGCGGUAGAAAAUGAUUGAAUGUUCUCGGUAAUGUUCUACAUUCGGUACAUUUGGCUGAGUGAACAUCCAGCAGCAACACGUUUUUCCCAUGACUACUAGUUUACUAGCACCCUCGGCCAUCUCUGUGUGGAGUUUGCAUUUGUGGGUUUUCUCCGGUUUCCUCCCACAUUCCAAAAACAUGCUAGGUUAAUUAGCGACUCCAAAUUGUCCAUAGGUAUGAAUGUGAGUGUGAAUGGUUGUUUGUCUAAAUGUGCCCUGCGAUUGUCUGGCCACCAGUCCAGCAUCCCCGUGACCCUCAUGACGAUACGUGGUAGAAAAUGAAUGAAUGUUCUUAGAAUCACACCAUUCCUCAAAAACAUGCUAUUUUCAGUUCUACAACGAAAGUGUUGAAUUGGGUCUUACACGCUGAAUAUCGUCUAUGACCUGAUCAACCAGCCCUGAGGUCAUUCAUCUGAUAAAGUAGAGUUGGAAAAUCCUGUGACCAGCUAUUUUACCAUCUUCUCCCAGAAAUGUCCUUUUUGGUAUGCCGGUCAGGCGGCACCCUCGAUUCGUUUGUGUUCAAAACACAGUAACAUUGCGGUCAGAGUCAGUGUGUUUAGACCACAAUGUACCGGUAUGUCCUUGGAAAAUCGAGGCCCUGAGGCGGUCUACAUGGUUGCCGGAGGAAGAGUGGAUUAAGGUGAAGGUAACAGGAUGAAGGUUUGAUGACUGACUUUGAACAGUUCAACAGCUACUGACUGAUUUUUUGAGUUUCUGAUCUGAUAAAGUUGGGUGUAGAAAACUACUAGGGAGGCAUGAUACACGCCCCGGGCGAGAUCCCAUCGAGAAACACCAUGCAAAAUUCAAAGAACAAAAUUAAUUUACUAAGUUCUACAGAAAAAAUUCAGCUAAGUGGUACACUGCCCUUCAUCGUUUUUAUGCCAAUUAAUUCCAGCCAAAUUGUAUAUACAGUAUUUACAUAGUUUAGUAAAGUAUGCAUUCUUACUGGAAAUGUUUAGGAAUAUGUCAAAAAGUAGUACUGGGUAGUUUUUGGAGGCUGGUUUUGGGAAUCCUCAGUAUUAAGGAAGUGGAAAAACCGGCCAAAAAUAAAGCUAUGAUAUCACAACUUCAUGUACAGUAAACUACAUUAUGGAAUGUAUAUGGUACGCUAACGUUACUUGGUGGCUAUAAGCUACGCUUUAUGUGUUUUUUUGAGCGAACAUUUGAAUUGUGUAAAGAGGGAUGUAAAUCAAUCAAUCAAUCAAUCAAUCAGGGGUGUGUUGACGUUCUCGGGAAGUUGUUCUUGAAGGAUUUGAAAAAAAAAAUGUUCCAUUCAAUUUGUGUUGUAUUCAUUUUUUCUUGCUUUUCUAUUGUUAUAUUAUAUUUUAUAACUUCAAUUUUAAUAUCCAUUAGGAUAUAUCCAUUGCUCCGACUAUAUUUUUAAUCUGUAGAUU